UUUCGGAUGCGCGUUUUUUUUUUUACUCCUGUCGGCGAAUAUUUAUCCACGGCGGUUCCACCCUUUCUGGGCUAUAAACAUACGAACGUGAGGGAAUAUUGAGCGGAUCCCUCUCCCUCCGUGCGUGUUCGGUACCCUGGGGUCCCCGAGUCCGUAAUUACUCUGAGAAUUCCUAUUUCUCCAGAACUGUCAAGCAAAAUGCCUGAUGUGCGCGUGAUGAAUCUGGCUCCCUCUGGGGGUUGGUGGAGCAACCGAGGCCUAAUCUAUUUGAACCUCUGCCUAGGCUUGUCGCUUAUCACAUCAUACACUCAUGGGUAUGAUGAGGCCAUAGGAAAUAGCUUGCAGAUAAUCCCUGCCUGGCAGAAGUACUUCAAUCAUCCCACUUCAAACAUUCUCGGCUUGAUAAUCUCCGCACAGAGCGUCGGGACCCUGGCAGCACUCCCAAUUGUACCUUUCCUGUGUGAUCAGCUUGGCCGAAGAAAUACCCUCCUCUCUGGUGCCUUACUCAUGUUAUGGGGUAUAGCGCUGCAGGUGACAUCGACAGACCUUGCACAGUUCAUCCUAUCACGAGGAUUAAUCGGAUUUGGACUAUGCUUUUCCACCAGUGCAUCGCCUCUUCUUAUUGUUGAACUUGCACAUCCAAUGCAACGUGCGCGACUGACAUCGUCGUACAAUGCAUUCUGCUACGUCGGAAGUAUUACCGUGGCGUGGAUUACAUUUGGCACUUUCCGCAUCCCGACGGCGUGGUCUUGGAUACUGCCAUCCCUCUUUCAAGCCCUUUCUCCCGUAUUACAAGUUCUCUUAAUUUGGUUGACACCCGAGUCCCCUCGAUGGCUUAUCUCCAAGGGAAGAGACAGAGAAGCGGUUGAGAUACUAGCCGCAUACCAUGCGAACGGUAACAUUAAAGACCCCCUCAUUCAGCAUGAGUACAUGGAAAUCAAAGACGCUCUCGCGACUGAGGAGAAAGCUAAGAAAGCGAGCACUUAUGCGUCCCUUUUCACAAAUUCCCAGAACUUCAAACGCAUGCGGAUUAUCAUUGCACUUGGCUUCUUUAGCCAAUGGAGUGGAAAUGGGCUUGUGUCACAUUACAUUUCCAUCAUCCUAGAUGAUCUUGGUAUCGAUAAAGUUGAAGCGAAAACUACGAUUAAUGGAUGUCUCCAAAUUUUCAAUCUGGCGAUGGCUCUCGGCGCCGCCCUCUUUGUUGAACGCAUAGGACGGCGAAAGUUGUUCCUGGCUUCGAACGCUGGCAUGUUCCUUGCGUUCAGUGUUUGGGCUGCGUUUAUUGUGCUUCGCACGGAAAAGGGAUAUCUUUGGACUCAAAAGGCCAGUGUUGCAUUAAUGUUCAUCUUUUUUGGGUUCUAUAACAUUGCCUACAUGCCCUUGCUUGUCACGUAUUGCCUCGAGAUUCUUCCCUUCGAAAUUCGAGCCAAAGGUUUUUCCGUAAUGAACCUUACUGUCUCCGUUGCUCUGGCCCUCAACCAAUACGUUAACCCAGUCGCUCUGGCGAGGUUCGGGUGGAAAUUUUACUUGGUGCAAGUAUCACCAGAUUGACAUAUGGAAAGCCUGUAUGAAACCGCUUGUUUUC